CAGCCUCCCGCCGGUUGGGUGGUUCAGGCCUCCAUGAAGAGCCCAGCCAUGGACUCGUUCAAGCAACAGAAGGUGGAGGACUUUUACGACAUCGGAGAAGAGCUGGGAAGCGGCCAGUUUGCCAUUGUGAAGAAGUGCCGGGAGAAGAGCACAGGGAAGGAGUUCGCGGCCAAGUUCAUCAAGAAGCGCCAGAGCAGGGCCAGCCGGCGGGGUGUGUGCCGGGAGGAGAUCGGGCGGGAGGUGAGCAUCCUCCGGCAGGUGCUGCACCCCAACAUCAUCACGCUGCACGACGUCUACGAGAACCGCACGGACGUGGUGCUCAUUCUUGAGCUUGUGUCUGGAGGAGAGCUCUUUGAUUUCCUGGCCCAGAAAGAAUCGCUGAGUGAGGAAGAGGCCACCAGCUUCAUCAAGCAGAUCCUGGACGGAGUGAACUACCUGCACACAAAGAAAAUUGCUCACUUUGACCUCAAGCCAGAAAACAUCAUGUUGUUAGACAAGAAUAUUCCUAUUCCACACAUCAAGCUGAUUGACUUUGGCCUGGCUCAUGAAAUAGAAGAUGGCGUUGAAUUCAAGCAUAUUUUUGGAACACCAGAAUUUGUUGCUCCAGAAAUCGUGAACUAUGAGCCCCUGGGGCUGGAGGCUGACAUGUGGAGCAUCGGUGUCAUCACCUACAUCCUCCUAAGCGGAGCGUCCCCUUUCCUGGGAGACACAAAGCAGGAAACCCUGACAAACAUCACAGCAGUGAGUUACGACUUCGAUGAGGAAUUCUUCAGCCAGACGAGCGAGCUGGCGAAGGACUUCAUUCAGAAGCUUCUGGUUAAAGAGACCCGAAAACGGCUCACAAUCCAAGAGGCUCUCAGACACCCCUGGAUCACGUCGAAAGGAGAAGCCAGAGCGCCCGAGCAGCGGAAGACACAGACCUCACAGCUGAAAACCAAGCGCCUGAGGGAGUACACCCUCAAAUGCCACUCCAGCAUGCCCCCCAACAACACCUACAUCAACUUCGAGCGCUUUGCCCAUAUGGUAGAAGACAUAGUGCAAGUGGAUCAGGGAUGUCGUGCCCUAGCAGGGGCCCACGACACUCUCCAGGAUGACGUGGAGGCCCUGGUCUCCAUCUACAAUGAGAAGGAGGCUUGGUACCGGGAGGAGAAUGAGAACGCCCGGCACAACCUGUCCCAGCUCAAGUACGAAUUCCGCAAGGUGCGGUCCUUGAAGAAGCUCCUGCGAGAAGACAUUCGGGCCACAGGGUCCAGCCUGGGAAGUGUGGCCAGGAAAAUGGACCAUCUGCAGGCGCAAUUCGAGGCUCUGAGGCAGGAGCUCUCGGCAGACCUGCAGUGGGUGCAGGAACUGGUGGGCAGCUUCGAGCAGGAGAGCAGAGACUCAGGUGGCCUUGGCUCCGUGCUCCGCUGGGAUGCCAGCGGAUCCCUGUCAGAGCUGCUCAGCAGGUCAUGCACUGAGGAAGGCCUGGCCGGCUUGAAGCUGUGAGCACCAGGUCCUAGUCAGCAGUGUGUGCAUGUGCAGGACAGUAUGCAGGAGCGCGCUGUCUCUCCAGGUGGAAUUAUCCUGCAGGGUGUGGGUCUGCAGCACAGCCUUCCACCCCUUUCCCAGAAGCCAGAGUCACAGAGCUGCCUCUUUGUUCAUCCUGCACCUCCUCUUGCCAACUUGCUUUUCUGAGAGUGCUGGCAGAGAGGCCAAGCUACGAAGACAAUUAGAGAAGGAAUACCCUUCAGCAGCCCCCUUCCCCAGAGGAAGGACCUGUGGCUGUCCUGGGAGCUGCGUGGUGAUUGAUGGUGUGAUGGAUGUGUUCACCUCUCACUCCCACCCACAGGCCUUGGGCCUGUAGAUCUUGGGUAUCUGUUGAAUUAACUAAGGAUAGCAAAGUCAGUGCGGUGCUUUCCUGCUGCAAAAGCAGGGACUGAAAAUGCGCAGAGAAAAUAACAUUGCCUUUCAUUGGAACUCACUUAUCACUUAGCAAGUCUCUGUGCCUGUGCUCUCACUUAAUCCCCAAAGAACCUUGAGCCAGAAAGGUGGGCGAUGACAGAAUGAAAAUGCUGGUUUCCACACACGUGAUGAGGAGAUUGACUCCCAGAGGGAGAAGGUCUGGGUCGUUCAUAGCCGGUCCAUAUGGCUACAAGGGGAAGCUGGCGCACCUGUCUGUGCAGAGAAGGUCUGUGGGAGGAAGCAGGGGGCUUAUCUGUAAACAUCAUACUUUAAUAAUGACGUGCAGAUCCCAGACACUAGGGAAGCAGGUACAUGUGUUUGGCCAGGUGUGAGUAGAACGCAGAUGCAUGCAGAGAUUGUCCAGGAGCUGUGUCCCAGAGGGUGCCAUGUUCCUACCAGCCCUGUCUCAGUCUGAAGACCAACCUCAGUGGCAGGAGGGAAGGGGCAGCAUCUCCCUGUGCUUCCCUACCCCAACCCCACUCCUAUCUAUGGAUCCCAACUUUGUGUUGAAAAUGUAGACCGGAAGGUGCUCAACAAAGGGAUUCCUUUUUUCAAAUUCUAGGCCAUUGAGCCCUGAAGGCCAGAGAAAUUCCCUGAGCAUGUUUGAAGAGG